AAUCCGUGCCUGGUCACUGGCAUGUAUUUAUGACAGUGUCCCAGGAUCACAGGAUCCCCUUUGGUGAUCUGACAAGCAAAGUCAGUGGGGAAGCCAGAUUCACUUAAUGACCGUGUUAUUAACUUUAACAGUUAUUCACUUAGCAACUCUGGCAAGUAAAGUCAUUAAAUGGGGAAAAACUCAUUUAACUGUCUCAAUUAGCAACAGAAAUUUUGGGCGCAAUUAUGGUCGUAAGUUGAGGACUCCCUGUGUACUUUUUACUCAGUUACCUGCUCCAACUGCUGCUGCCGCCUCCCACCCCCCAAUGGGCUUCCGCCCCCUGAAUGGCACUUGGGGGGGGCAACACGUGAAGAUUAGUUUUGCAGGCCUUCCAACUGACAAAACAGCCUCGUUUCCACAGCGCAGAGGAACAGGCUUAACAGAUUGGUUAAAUUAACUCAUUUCACAGCAUGCCAAGGUUGGUUAGCGUUAACAUGGAUUUAAAUGUUUUGGUUUAGUGUAUUAUGUGAACCCAGAAAAACAGGUCAGCAUAGCACUCAGGUUAGCUAUGAAACUAACCUUUCAGGUUGACUGACAAUGUGAUUUAAACUAAUGGCUGCAGAGGAAUUUGCUUUAGGAGAGCUGAGACCCCCAAAUACUUCAGUAAAGCCGCUGUUUCUAUUGUUGGUUUCCCACUUCUUGUGGGAAGGUGAAAGUGACAGGCUUCCUCUCCUGGGCCACACACAUGGCUCAGUAGCCCUGGCAGCGGAAAGGGCCCAAAUUGGGCACUGCUGUCACAUCCACUGGACUCCAUCUCACCCUGGACAAGGACGAAUGCCAAACCCCCCACACCCCCGGCCACGAGAGCGGCUGCUGACAUUGCCAUCUAAGGGCUGCCCACCAGGUGCUCAGGCAAAGGCUUGGCCCGAUUGGCCACAGGGCCGCUUGCUCCGUCAGCCAAUCGGAUGCCUGAGGUUUCCGUUGGUGCUGCCCACCUUCCGGCUGGUCCUCAGGAUGGUGCUGGAGCUCUACCUGGACCUGCUUUCCCAGCCUUGCAGGGCAGUCUAUAUCUUCGCCAAAAAGAACAACAUCCCUUUCAUGAUGAAGCCCGUUGACAUGCUGAAAGGGCAACACUUCACUGAAGAAUUUAACAAGGUGAACAUCCUAAGAAAAGUGCCUGUCCUGAAGGAUGGAGAUUUCAUCCUAGAAGAGAGCACAGCCAUCCUUCUCUACCUAAUCCGCAAAUACAACACUCCCAGCUACUGGUACCCACCCGAUAUGAAGAAGAGAGCCCGUGUGGAUGAGUACUUGGCUUGGCAGAUCAGCACCAUUCGGGUCGGCACAUCCAAGAUCCUUUGGCUCAAGGUGGUGAUCCCGCUCUUUGUGGGCCAUCAAGUGUCCCCAGAGAAGCUCCAUGAAGCAAUGGAGGAACUGAACCUUGCCAUCCAGAAGCUGGAGGACAAGUUCCUGCAGGACAAGCCCUUCCUCAUUGGCCCAGAAAUCUCCCUGGCUGACCUGGUGGCCAUUGUGGAGCUGAUGCAACCCUUGGGAGCCGGCUGCGACAUCCUCGAGGGCCGCCCCAAACUCCAGGAGUGGCGCAAAAGGGUGGAGCUGACCCUGGGGAAGGACCUUUUCACGGACGCCCACAGCCGGAUCCUGAACCCCCAGGAACUGAAGAGCAUCAUCAUCGACCCCCCCCUGAAAGCACAGAUGAAGCCCCUGCUCUUGAAGAUGCUAAAAUAAACAUGGAAAUAGAUCAGUGGGGCUUCCCCUCCCUCCGAUUUCUCCUUGCAUCCUGCCCCCCCUUCCAAUGACCCUUCCUCCAAGCCCCUUUCCUUUUGGCCAGCUCACCUCAACCAGGGGUGGCCCUGGAAUAAUUCCUCUUGGCAUAAGUAUACUGACAUCUUCAUCAGGGGCUUCUGACCAGCUGCCCCCCCCCAUGCAAGCCCAGAUUCUGAAUGAGGUCUGCAACAUAGGUUGAGAAGGAAUCAAGCACUUUUGCCAACAAUUGAUGUUGGAACUGCAGAUUAUUCUUUCUCAAUUGUCCAGUGUCCACAAUUCUUUAGGAAAUGUAUAUCGUAAAAGCAUAAUAAAGAAUAAAAUCCGAUGAUGAAUAAGAUAUUAAAUAUAUACCACAUAAAAUCACAGUGGAACAAGUAGCUCCCAAGUUCUAACUCCAAAAGAUUUUUGCAUCAACUGGCCCAGGAAGACUCUCCAGAAGAGCCUCCGUCAGCUGACAAGAAGCCCCCGGUAUCUCUCGAGAUGGGGGCAUCUGGAGGCGUGCAGAGGCCCUGAGCCCAAGGCAGCUUUCAAGGAUGAACGGCCCAGCACCAAUCUGUGUGAUGUGGCCAAUCUGUGUGAUCAGAUUGGCCACAUCUCUGCUGAGCUGUUUAGAUAAAAAAAUAUUUCCUAUCAAGCAGCAGCGACAGACAGACAGACAGACAGACAGACAGACACACACACACACACACACACACACACACACACACACACACACACACACACACACACACACACACGCUGAUGAACUAUCCAAGGGCCUCUCUCCUCUUCUUUGGGGUAAACCCAAGUUGUCCCAAGAGGGAAGAGCAGAAGAGCCUCAAAGGCUGAGGGGAAGGGGCCACGCGGGAGACCCCGUGCCCCUGCUCGGUGGGUCCCGGCCACACCUGCAACGGGGCAUCUGACCCGCCCUUUGCACGCCUGGCCCCUGGCCCACCGCCCGCCUCUGCGGCCUCCGGGACUUCGGUCUCUCCUGGGCCGCGGAGGGGCCAAGGGCAGCGUGGGGGCCGUUCCCCCCCCCCGGGAAUCCCCUUCUUUUCAGAGCCCGGCCGGCUGUCACCGGAUGAACCGGGUCCCGGCCCCCUGAGAUCCCGGUGCCCCAGCCUUCUCGGGGCUCUGGAAGCCGAGAGUCCGGAUAGGCCGAGGCCUCUUCCCGGCCUCCUUUUCCAGGGGAAGCCAGCCGGGCCCAGCAGCCCUCCCGGGCCCGGCCCAGUAGCCCCUGUCGGGAGAUCCGGGUGAGUCUCCCAGGGACG